AUUCAGACUCAGGAUCUACAGUGACAGUUAAGAGUGUGAGUGAAUUGAAGCUGGCUAACAUUAUUUAUCAAAUAAAAUAAGUUGAACAAUGUCGAAAGGAAUGCUGUACUUGAAGCUAGUUUCAGUCAUAGUAAUUAGUAUAAUACUAUUGAUCAUUCUUGUGUUCUAUAUAGUACAUCUAUUAUAUAUAUUAAGUAAUGAUUUGUUCUUCAACCAAAAAUUGCCUGAUGUGGAUUUGGAUGAGAUGUGGGGCCCAGAGACAAAUGAUGCUACCAUACGACCUUUUCGUAUAACCUUCGAUGACCAGAUGAUAAAAGACCUAAAAAGCCGUUUGAAGAACUACAGACAUUUUCCAUCGCUGAACGGAACAGCGUUUCAGUAUGGAUUCAAUAGCGAUGCAGUCGCGAGUUGGAUUGCUUAUUGGACUGAGGAGUAUCCUUUCAAGGAAAGAGAGGAAGCACUUAACCAGUAUCCCCAAUUCAAAACCAAUAUCCAAGGGCUGGAUAUUCACUUCAUUUGGGUAAAACCUCAGGUUGAUUCAAACAAAACAGUGGUUCCCCUGCUAAUUCUUCACGGGUGGCCGAGUUCCGUUCGUGAGUUCUUUGAGGCCAUACCUCACCUGACAGCUGUGAGUGAGGAGAAAGACUUUGCUGUGGAAGUAGUCGCCCCCAGUCUACCUGGAUAUGGAUAUUCCGAUGCAACCUCGCGCCCCGGGCUGGCAGCUGACAAGAUGUCAGUCAUCUUCAGGAACCUGAUGCACCGCCUGGGCCAUCAGCAGUUCUACGUACAGGGAGGCGACUGGGGAUCUCUCAUUGGAAGGCAUAUGGCUACGUUCUUCCCUAAAGAGGUCCUGGGCUACCACUCGAACUUCCCAAUAUUCGUGACUCCCUUCAUCGUGACGGCGCAGAUUGUGGCUUCUUUCUUCCCCAGGCUGGUGGCUGAACCGGGAAUAAUGCAUCGAAUGUGGGACCUUAGCAACACCAUGCCAUGGUUAAUCAAAGAGUUAGGAUACACACAAGUGUAUACCUAUAUACCUGAUACCAUUGGGGUGGGCUUAUCCGACUCCCCGACAGGUCUCCUUGCCGCAGUUCUCCAGAAGUUCUCAAUGGCAUCCAACAAGUCCUACCGAGACCUACCCGAUGGCGGACUGAACAUCUUCACCCGUGAACAAAUUCUGGACAACGUCAUGAUAUACUGGACCACUAACUCUAUUACAACAAGUAUGAGGAUGUAUGCUGAGUCUUUUGCCAGCAGACACUUGGACUUAGGAAUCGACAGGAUACCCUCACCAGUACCAACAUGCGUGAUAUUAGCAAAGAACGACGUAGCUGUCCAACCCCCGUUUAUAAUCAGGAUGAAGCAUCCAAAUCUUCUCCGUACGACCAUUCUAGAAGGCGGUCACCACUUGGCCUUAGAGAUACCCAAGCAGUUUGCGGACGAUGUCCUUGCUUCUAUUGAAGAAUUCAGAAAGUGGCAUAAAGAAGGGAAAGAUGAGUUAUAAUA